AUGGGUGAAAAGAGCACAUUGUGGAACUUUGAGGGUGAUGAGCACCUGAACAAAGCAUCUGCUUGCACUAUUAGAAGCUUUCUCACUACCGUUAAAGAAAAUCUGAAUCAGAACGACGAUAGGCCUGUUAUUCCUCUCGGCCAUGGCGAUCCAAGUGGAUUCCCGAGUUUUCGGACUGCUCAAGUAGCUGAAGACGCCGUCGUUGAUGCAGUUCGAUCUGCUAAAUUCAAUAGUUAUUCGUCAAGUCUUGGUAUUCUUGAUGCGAGAAGGGCGAUUGCAGAGUAUCUCUCUGAUGACCAUCCAUAUGAUAUAUCACCAAAGGAUGUUUUUGUCACUGUUGGUGCAAGGCAAGCAAUUGAUGUCUUAAUAACAGUUCUUGCCCGUCCUGGAGCUAACAUAUUGCUCCCCCGACCAGGAUAUCCAUUGUAUGAAGCACGGGCAGUGUUUAGCCAUCUUGAAAUACGCCACUUUGAUCUUCUUCCAGAGAAGGCAUGGGAGGUUGACCUUAAUGGCUUAGAAGCCCUGGCAGAUGAUAAAACAGUUGCCAUGGUUCUUAUAAACCCUGGGAAUCCAUGUGGAAAUGUGUACACACACGAACAUUUACAGAAGAUUGCAGAGACAGCAAAAAAGCUAGGAUUUCUGAUAAUUUCAGAUGAAGCUUAUGGCUAUCUAGCUUUUGGGAGUAAUCCCUUUGUGCCAAUGGCAAGGUUUGGAUCAAUUGUACCUGUCUUCACAAUUGGCUCUUUAUCCAAGAGAUGGAUGGUUCCUGGCUGGCGACUUGGUUGGAUUCUGAUGAGUGAUCCCAAUGGUAUCCUCCAAAAACAUAAGAUUACUGAGUGCGUUAAGAGCUAUAUUGAUAUCUCCUCUGAUCCUUCAACUAUUACUCAGGGUGCUCUUCCUCAAAUUCUUAAGAGAACAACUAAAAGUUUCCAUUCAAAGACUUUAAAUUUGCUGAGAGAAGCUGCAGACACGUGUCAUGCUAUACUAAAGGAGAUCCCUUGCAUCACUUACCCAAGCAGACCACAAGGUUCCAUGUUCUUAAUGGUGAAAUUGAAUCUACCAUUACUGAAAGACAUAAAUGAUGACAUUGAGUUUUGCAUUAAGCUUGCAAGGGAGGAAUCGGUGAUCGUGCUUCCAGGGGCUGCCGUGGGAUUGAAAAAUUGGCUGAGGAUAACUUUUGCGGUCGAGCUUUCAUAUCUAGAAGAUGGCCUUGAAAGGAUUAAAGCCUUCACCCUUAGGCAUACGAAAACUGAAUAG